CUCGUGGAAUAUAGAAUUCGCUCUUCGUCUCUAAUCCCAACGCGAGAGAAGGGGGUGAAACUCGUUGUUCUUCUUCUCACUGGAGAAUCUCAUCUCCGAUUGGUGGAUUCAGUCUGCAUCUAUCGCCGUGGGUGUUCAAAAGGACGAGACUUUAUGCGAGAUUCUAUUCGUUGUAAUACCAGUUUCUCGGAUUAGGGUUUUAAGGGUUGUUCCCGACAAGAGCUUGGCUACUGUUUUGUAUGAUUCCAUAGUGUUUCGCUUUGGCUUUUUCUUUGAUUCAGCAAAGCCUUUUGAUUUUUGUAUUUCUGUAUGAUCAACACUUUUCUCCAUAGUAAUCUUCUCAGAGUCUUUGUUUUUUUUUAGCUUAACAUUAUUCGAAUUAUCCCCGUUGAGAAAAAAAAAGAUGAAUUUUUAUGCUUGUAGAAGAAUCUAAUUGAAACAUUGAGAGCAAAAAAAAGAAAAGUUAGGAAAAAAAGAGAGAGAGGAAAAGAAGUAGGUAAAGAUCGAUGGCUAGUGUCCAGCAGAAUGGGCAGAGGUAUGGUAUCACAGAACCUAUCUCUUUGGGAGGACCAACGGAGCUUGAUGUGGUCAAGACACGAGAGCUCGAGAAGUAUUUGCAAGAUGUUGGAUUGUACGAGAGUAAGGAGGAAGCUGUUAGAAGGGAGGAGGUUCUCGGGAGACUUGAUCAGAUUGUAAAAACAUGGAUAAAAACAAUAAGCCGCGGCAAAGGGUUGAAUGAUCAGCUGCUUCAUGAGGCCAAUGCGGAGAUAUUUACUUUCGGUUCUUAUCGGCUAGGGGUACAUGGACCUGGUGCUGAUAUUGACACUUUAUGUGUGGGGCCUAGACAUGCAACUAGAGAAGGUGAUUUCUUUGGUGAACUACAAAGGAUGCUGUCCGAAAUGCCUGAAGUAACUGAGCUUCACCCUGUGCCUGAUGCUCAUGUUCCCUUGAUGGGAUUCAAACUUAAUGGAGUUUCUAUAGAUCUCCUUUAUGCACAACUUCCACUAUGGGUUAUACCUAAGGACUUAGAUAUAUCGCAGGAUUCCAUUCUACAGAAUGCUGAUGAGCAAACUGUUCGGAGUCUCAACGGUUGUAGAGUUACUGACCAGAUCUUGCGUCUGGUUCCUAACAUUGAGAAUUUCAGAACAACAUUAAGAUGCAUGCGGUUUUGGGCCAAGCGACGUGGAGUAUACUCUAAUGUCUCUGGAUUUCUUGGUGGUAUAAACUGGGCAUUGCUUGUAGCUCGGAUAUGUCAACUGUAUCCUAACGCUCUCCCAAAUAUGUUAGCGUCUCGGUUCUUUAGAGUCUACACCCAAUGGCGCUGGCCGAAUCCAGUCCUUCUUUGUUCUAUGGAUGAAGGAUCCCUCGGUCUUCAAGUUUGGGAUCCUAGAAGAAACCCAAAGGACAGGUUGCACAUGAUGCCCAUCAUUACUCCUGCUUAUCCUUGUAUGAACUCCAGUUACAAUGUCUCUGCAAGUACAUUGCGGAUUAUGACUGGAGAGUUUCAGAGAGGCAAAGAUAUAUGUGAGGCUAUGGAAGCAAACAAAGCUGACUGGGAUACCCUCUUUGAGCCAUUUGCAUUCUUUGAAGCGUAUAAAAACUAUCUUCAGAUCGACAUCUCUGCGGCAAAUGUCGAUGAUUUAAGAAAAUGGAAAGGAUGGGUUGAGUCACGUCUCAGACAGCUCACACUGAAGAUUGAGAGACAUACUUAUGACAUGCUUCAAUGCCACCCUCAUCCACAUGACUUUCAAGAUGCAUCCCGACCGCUUCACUGCUCUUACUUCAUGGGUCUGCAGCGUAAACAAGGAGUUCCAGCAGCCGAAGGCGAGCCGUUUGAUAUCAGAAGAACAGUUGAGGAGUUUAAACACACUGUUAACGGUUACAUGUUGUGGAUUCCGGGGAUGGAGAUUAGUGUCAGCCACAUAAAGCGAAGAAGUCUACCGAGCUUUGUGUUUCCUGGUGGUGUUAGACCUUCGCAUGCCUCUAAAGGAACAUGGGACAGCAAACGCCGCGCAGAGCAUAGAGUUUCUUCUACAGCAAGUGCAGCUACUACUACUACUGCAACAACAACAACAAAUGAAGCGAGUUCUGAAAGUAAAGCUGGGUCUAACAGUCCAGGAGAUGAGAAGAAGAGAAAACGGGGAGAUGAUGAGACACUCGCGGAUCAGUUAAGGAACUCUAAACAAGUUGCUGUUCCAGUGCCUGCUGAGAACGGUGAAGGCGGGAGCCCGGAUCCAUCUGUUGGAUCCAUUUGCUCUAGUCCUAUGAAAGAUAGCUGUACAAACGGUAAAUCCGAUCCCAUUAAUACGGAUCCACAAGAGAAUGUUGUUGUUUUCAAUAAGGAGGAUGCACCAGAGAGUCAUCCAAUAGAGAAGAUAGCCACUCCUCAAGCUCCUACUAGUGAAGAAACAGAGGAGCUUGAAGGCAGCUUUGACUUUGGAAACCAAGUCACUGCUACUGCAAAUAUACCUCCGUUCGAGGCCACUACUUCAAAUGGCUCACCAUUAUUCUCCAAUGAAGCUCUGGAAGAACUCGAGGUUCUUCCAAUGCGACAGCCUGAGGUGACGCAUAGAGCUCCAGUGCAACAGCGAAAACCCAUAAUCAAAUUGAACUUCACGUCUCUAGGCAAAACCAACGGCAAGUGAUAAUGGUUCGUCCCUACAUGGCCAAGAGUCUCAGAGCUUAUCCAAAUUCGAGUGGUUAAACUGAAGGCUGCUUCUUACUUUAUGUAAAAGAAGGAUUUAAUAUUAUUAUGCUUUGUCUCUUAGAUGCUAAAGCAAGUUCUGAAUACUUGAGUUCGAUGUAAAACUCGUUUGGAUAAGAACAUAAAAUACAAGUUCUAAAUA